AUGGAGGAAAAUUCCUCGCCAAAUGAUGACGAAAAAAAUUAUUUGCGACAAGUCGAGCGAAUAAUUGAGAACGGCGAUCGAAUAGAUGACCGAACAGGUGUUGGAACGUUGUCCCUAUUUGGCUUACACUCGUCAUAUUCGCUUAGGAAUGGUGUAAUUCCAUUAUUGACAACUAAACGUAUUUACUGGAAAGCAGUCGUCGAGGAAUUACUCUGGUUUAUUCGUGGUGAUACAAAUGCAAAAAAUCUUUCUGCAAAAAAUGUAAAAAUCUGGGAUGCAAAUGGUUCGCGACAGUUUCUUGAUAGCCUUGGCUUUACGGAUCGCGAAGAGGGCGACUUAGGGCCCAUUUAUGGAUUUCAGUGGCGACACUGUGGAGCAGAAUAUCGAGAUAUGCGAACUGAUUAUAGCAAUCAAGGAAUAGAUCAACUUUCAAAUGUUAUCAAUCAGAUAAAGAAUUCACCUAAUAGUCGGCGAAUUAUUUUAAAUUCAUGGAAUGUUCAAGAUUUAAAUAAGAUGGUUUUACCACCUUGUCACACGCUUGUACAAUUUGCCGUGCGAAAUGGAGAGCUUUCAUGUCAGUUAUAUCAAAGAUCUGGUGAUAUGGGACUUGGUGUACCUUUCAAUCUUGCUAGUUAUGGUCUAUUAACGCAUAUGAUUGCACACGUUUGCGAUUUAAAGGCGGGUUUUUUGCAUCACGUUUUGGGUGAUGCUCAUGUUUACAUAAAUCAUAUUGAUGCACUAAAAGAGCAACUGAAACGGGAGCCUCGCCGAUUUCCAACAAUUCGUUUUCAAAAGGAAGUCAACACAAUCGAUGAAUUUACUACGGAAUCUAUAAUUCUUGAGAAUUAUAAUCCUAUGCCUGCAAUCAAGAUGGAUAUGGCUGUAUAG